GGCGGGAAGACUUCAGUCCAGCCCCUACAGUCUAUGGACCAGCCUGGCAGAAGUGGAGAGAGAAUGGCCUUAAGACCUCUGCUGUGGACGAAGCCCCCUGCGCCAUGUUUCAAGCCCCCGCCGCACCACAUAUGUGUGGCAGCGGUUGUAGAGCAGCCCAGGGUGGUGAGCUGGGUGUUUGACUCUCCUGGUGCAACACCAGCCUCAACGAAAGGAACGUGCUGGCCGCUAUUUCAGAUGGGAAGUCUGUGGCUAAAGUUAACAUUUAUGAGGAGUUUGCCCAUAAUGUUAAGGAGGGCGGUAGCUAUUUGAUUCGUGGGCAUACACUGAGGGGGCAGUCUCCGCCGUAUGUCCUGAUCAUCAACCAUAACACAAUGUUUUUCCGAAGUGCUGUUCUGCCGAUUUCAGAGGAGCUAAGGCAGCAGGCCGAGGCUCUAAUCACCCCCCGCUCCCCCUCCGCUGACCCUGCUCAGCACCUCCAUAUAAUUCAAGUUAUAAGAUUGUCUUAUUUCCAGUGUUCAUGUAGAGAUAAUGGGAGGGGAAGAGAGAUUGUAUUUUAUAUCCUACAGGGGGAAACGGAGGAACCUCUGUGUCUGUGGAGGGAAGCAGCGGUGGUGGGAGUCCACCUGCAGCUGGGGACCCACGUCAAGGUGUCUCACCUGAAAGCCACCAGGUCAGGCUUCCAGCUACAGACCACUGCCUUUUCGAAGAUUGAGGAGGUGAGCUAAGUAUGUGGACACCCCUGGCUGUUCUUGAAAUCAUUUCCCCCAACCCAACGCGCCAUCCAGCACCUUUAUGAACUAGAGUGAUGACUGCUAGCCAGGUCUUAUAAUUGGGAACAAAUCCCUGCAGCCAGGUUCCUUGGUCUGGCGGUGGGCCUGAAACCAGAACAGGGGAGGCCGUAAGCAGCGGAUUAAAUCCCAUGGUUUGGUUAUUAGAUGUUCAGAUAUCACAUGUAAUGUUUGGGUGCCCAUAUACUUUGGGACAUGUAGUGUAACAUGAGCUAGAACUAUGUAGCAGAAUUGGUCACUGGAGUUCAUGGAAAUUAACUAUAAAGACAUAAAGACACAUAUGUGGCAUCAUCCAGUAAUGAUUGGAAAACAUGUCUGUACUUAUAAAGAGCUAGAAAUAAAGUUUAAGACUCAACACUUUGUUCAUUAUGACCAAAGAUCUAAGGCUUUCUCUAUAGGCCCAUUUAUCUCAAAUAUGAUUCACAAAUCUGUUGCGAUGUUCAUAAUAGAAAUGAUGUGUCUGUAGAACAAGGGAGUAGCAUCCUUAAAGAUUUCUAAUCCGAAGAAAUCAAUUUGCAGCUGAGUUUUUCUGAUGUAAUGUAAUCUAGGUAAAUCCAGGUAGCUGCAAAGAGAAGAGAAGGGGGGUGGGGGCGUGUUGCUUACAGUGCGCGUCUCGUGUCCAAGGCGCCCGUGUCAAUACGUGCAACUCCCGGACGACACAUCAUGACAAAAGUCACAGACUGCGACAGAGACUGAGACACAUAGAGCCACAAACAUGGUGGGUAGUCAGAACGUGUCCAUUGGGAAGCUGGCUGCUAUUAUCGGGCUGGGAGUGGGUGUAAUGCUUAUCAUACUGGGCAGAGACCCUCUGGACUCCAUGGCCAACGGGAUCACGAUAUGGAGAGAAACCGGGCUGCUCGGUGAUCCCGCGCCGGCUGUGGUCUGCAUCAUUGCCGGAGUCUCCCUCCUCGUCAUGGACUGGCUGUACAAGCUGCUCUUCUGCCCCCUGGAGCUCCUUAGGGCGUCCGAUGAUGUGGGAUACAUCGCCGAGGACGGUCGCUCCAGAGCUCAGGCGGCAAACGAGGUCCGCCGCAGGAGGAAAACCGGAGAGCUGCCUCCGGUGUAUCCAAACGGCUGGUACCGGGUGCUGGACUCAAGCAUGCUGGAGAAGGGCGCGGUCAAAAAUGUCUAUGUUCUAGGUGAGCAGCUGGCAGUGUUUCGAGGCCAGGAUGGGAAGGCUUACGUGUUGGAUGCCUACUGUCCACACCUGGGUGCCAACCUGGCUGUAGGAGGACGGGUGGUGGGAAGCUGCAUAGAGUGCCCAUUUCAUGGAUGGCAGUUUCAGGGGAACGAUGGCAAGUGUGUGAGGGUCCCAUAUGCAGAAAAAGUACCACUGUUUGCCAAGGUGCGCUGCUGGCCCAGCUGCGAGGUCAACGGGCAGAUCCUGAUUUGGUUUCACUGUGAUGGAGAAGAUCCUCAGUGGACCGUUCCAGAGCAGCAGGAAAUCACAAAGGGCGAGUGGGUCUAUCGCGGGAGAACUGAACAUUUUAUCAGCGCUCACAUAGAGGAAAUUCCUGAAAAUGCUGCAGAUAUCGCUCACCUCGCUCACCUGCACACGCCAGGUAUUGUCAGUGGAGCAGAUCUGCGUUACACCAACAGCAAAACCUGGGAAUUUUUGCGGCAUGACUGGAAGGUUCAAUGGGAACCAGAGUCAGAGCCCAACAUGCAUUGUUCUCAGAUGCACGUGAAACAUGCGCUCACUGUGUUUGGACGUCACUGGCCUCUGCUGGAUGUUCAUGUCGUGGCCAGACAGGUGGGUCCAGGAGUGGUGUUUCUGCUGUUUGAACACAGUUUCUUGGGCCGGGGUGUUAUCAUGCACUGUGUGACUCCAGUGGAGCCUCUGUUGCAGUGUGUCUCUCACACCAUCUUCUAUCAGUCUAACAUCCCACCUCUGGUGCCCAAAUUCAUUCUGAGAGCAGAGUGCAUUCAGUUUGAGCGGGAUGUGAUGAUCUGGAACAAUAAGAAGUACAUCUCCAAGCCUCUCCUCGUGAAGGAAGAUUCAGCCAUCCAGAAGCACAGGCGCUGGUUCAGUCAGUUCUACAGCGAGAACAGCCCGCGGCUGCAAUACCAGCGCAACACUUUAGACUUUUGACCUCCCCGAACUACAGGAGGAGAGAUCAGCAGAGAAGGUGUCAGGUCACGGUUGACGUUAAUCAGAGCUCUCAGAGGAGGGAGCAAGAAUUGAUUUUUACCUGUCACAUAUAAUAAAUUCAAAGAGGAAAGCAGGCCUCACUUGUUUGUGGGUUGGGGCUGGGCGCUCUUUUGAAAUCCUCGACCUUGUGUCAAACUUUAUAACCUCGUUUUUUUAGACUUAUUUAUGACUUUCCAGCUUUAUAUUCGCAAGUGCCUAUCUGUCACGUAGGCAGGUUGGACUGGUAUAACUAACUGAGCGGAUUAAGCCCAGAAAUGAGAACUGUGCUUAUAUUUAAAGCAAGCAAAACUAGAACACUAAAAUUGCCUCAUUAUAACGCUGACCAUUAGAUUGUCAAAGCCAUUUUACUCUGCAAAAUGUGAAUAACUGCAUAUACAGUGAUACAUACAGUAUAUAACCAGCAAUAAUCUUGUACUUAAGUGACUGUUUCAGCUUUUUUUCCCUGUCUUCAUGUUGUCUCACAAUGCUCUGAUUUUGCUUCUUUCUCACUUUGGCGUCAUCUGUUUAAAAAACUAUUAAUCUGACCUUCCAAGCUGUAUGUUGAAAUCUUUAAUGUGUAAUCAAAAUGGGCAAUGCCUCAGCAUAAGGUAUAAUGACAUGUGUGUUUGUUUUCAGAUGAUAUCUCAGGUUAUCCAACAGCCAGCUGAUAGGGAUUUUCUAGUCACAGAACUGUGCAAGGGACCACUUCACCAAUUGUUUUGGGCUUAUCUUGCUGAAUUUUGUCUGGGAUUGACAUGACUUCUAGUAAUCACAUGUCCACAACCAAAUUCCUCUGAAAAACUGUAACUUGAAACCAGGAAAACUUAAAUUUGACUUUGUAUGAAGCAGCAUGGAUGGAUAAACUGCUGUUUUUUGUGAAGAAAUAGUUAUAGCAUGCAACUCCUCCUACAAAAUACAACAUGGUCACGAGUAAGCUACUCUAGCUCUUUAUGCUAGGCUAACCAUAUCCUGAUUUAUAUUUUGGCCAACUGGGGGGGGAGCAAAUAUAAGUUAUUAAUUAUUAUCACCAUUUAACCUUAACACUGCUUUAACACACUGGCAGGAUUUCAAUCUUCUGAUCUCACUCUCGCAAAUAAUAUUUCCCUAACUGUUUAACUUAAGUCCUGUAACAAGCAUAGUUGUGCAUACUGUCAUAUAUGUCAGCUAGAUAGAUGAUCCUUUGAUUAUGACAUGACAGGAUCUAUGUCCUGAAAUUAGUACAUACAAAAAAUAAUUUAGCCAAAUUAAAUAGCAUUAAAAGCAAAUAUCUUUUCCCUUCAUUUUAACCAAACAAGACACAGACUGAAAUAAAGCAUGUGCUUUUUGUAUAUUGUACAUCUAUAGCAAUAUUUUAACUCCACCCCCACCCUCCCGGGAUUCAUGUCAUUAUGCACAUUUUACACAGUUUGUUUGUUUUGUAGGGUUACAUUACAUUUCAUAGUUUGCAGCCUGUCUGAACCAGAUUGGUUAUUUGCUGUUAUUGUAUUUCUUUUGUUAUGUUAUGCAAGACUACACACUGAAAACAUUUAAAGUGUUGCUCUUGAUACAUGUCACAAAGUUGUGUUCCCAUUACUGCUCCAGCAGAUGUGCAUGUAAGAAAUGCAUAUUAAAGGUUCUAUAUGUAGUUUUUGAAAGAAAUGACUCACUUUGUUAUUGCCUGUUUGUAAACGGGUUGUAACCUUUCUUGGUACUGGUAUUAUGUCAAAGUGUUGAUUUUAGCCUGUAAGAAAUGACAUACACAUUAAAAUGAUAGACGUACAAAGCAAAUGUGGAGUGAUAGUGAUGCAAAGCAGGGGCAGCCAGCUACAUAAGCAUGGAUCUGGCGUUGUUUGCUCCAUAACGUUAAAUUUUUAUUUAUAAAAUAUCACUAACAUUGCAGUGGGAGUUUACCUACGUUUCCAGCAUUCUGUGUGAUCCGGUGUGUCAGUCUCGUUUUUUUUUGGCUCGCUUAUUAGUUUAAGCACGCGCAGUCCCUCAGAAACGUAGUGUUUGCAAAUAUGAAACCUCACUCGCUAGAGGCCACUGAAAACCACACACGACCCUUUAAAUAUUUAUUUUUGUUUAUUUACUCACAGUGCACUUUGACGACUUGUUACUGACAUAAUCACUGAUGACAACAAUGCUGUGGCUUUAAUAAAUGCCUACUUGGAAAUGUACCAAAAGUAUGAAAGCAAUCAUUUUUUGUUGCCUGUGGUGAUGGCACUGGUUAUGUGGGAUUGCUUGGCAUUACAUUCUCCAUUGGAUUGUCAGAUGGUGAAAAGCAAAGAUACAUUUCAAAGCAAAAAGUACAAUAUUAUGAACUCUCUUCUGUUCCUUUUCAAUAUUAAAAUGCAUUUUCCCAGCUGGCUAAUCUACAGAUGUAAUGUUUAUUUAAAUGUGCAGAAUACAUCUGUCUGCUCGGCUCUAAUGUGUUUGCUCAUGCAUUUCUGAACUGGCAAAAGCUUCCCGUUGCACUGAAUACCUUAGUGUGUUAAACUGAGCGGAAUAGUGAAAUGCUCACUGUGCUGCUCAGCCAGUGGCACUUCUUAGUUCUCCUUAUCUGUGAAUGUGCUUAUCUUAUCUGGGUUUAUGGUGGGAGAGGACUGUGCUGCCUUUGUUAUAUUAUAUUAAGCUUUGUCCAGGAAGAGAGUAGACUUGCUGUAAUAAGGAAAGAUAUUGAGCUUGUGUUAGGGCUGUGUUUAAUGUAUCCAGCCGUCAGGAAGAGAAAAGAAAGAAUAAAGUAUUUUUUUCAUGAA